UCAGAGACUGAGCUCCCCUUUUAAUCACAGAAGUUGUUGUUCCCUCUCAGUGUCAGUGGUUGUUGUUCCUCCCCAGGCUUUUAUUUUAUACGUGUUAUUCCUGGACUAAGGAAAACUUCAAGCUGCUUGCUCUGCAAUACCAAAUUUAUGGAUGAAGAGACAACUUCAGCCUGCCAGUAUGUUCUUAAGGAAGAAGUGCAGAUAUGGAUCACGUAAGCUGCAGUUUCUCUUGUUGUUUCUGAUGCUGGGUUUUUUGCUACUGAUGGUUACAACGCUGAAUCCACCACCCAGCAACCAGGGCAAGGAAGGGACUUUCCAGCCUGUGGAGUUCAACCCCCGGGAAGGGUAUCAGAUGGACUUUGUGGAGACCCAAGAGAUGCUGGAAACCCAGGAGGAGAGCCAGCAGUAUUACCCUCUGGAUGGUCUAUCGCCUUUCAUCUCCCUGCGGGAGGAUGAGUUGAUCAUGGCCGUCGUGUCGCCCACCGGCAAAAGGAACCACAGCAAGGCCAGGAAGGGCUAUCGCGUGGUGAAGCAGCAGAGCAGGCGGCCGGAGGGGAAGGCAGAGGGGGGCCCCGAGUCCCAGCCGCUGUCCCUUCCCCUGCAGGACGGGCAAGGGGCUGCUGCGGGGGAGCGGCCGCUCGGCCUGGAAACCCACGGCUUUAACGAGGUGCUCAGCGAGCGGAUCGCGCUGCGCCGGGACCUGCCUGAGGUACGACACCCGUUGUGCCUACAGCAAAAAUAUGAUUCCAGUCUGCCCACUGCUAGUGUCAUCAUCUGUUUCCACGAUGAAGCCUGGUCUACUCUGCUGAGAACUGUGCACAGCGUUAUGGAUACAGCCCCAAAGGCCUUCCUCAAGGAUAUCAUCCUAGUUGAUGAUCUCAGCCAGCAAGGGCCCCUGAAGUCGGCUCUGAGUGAGUACAUCUCUAAGCUGGAUGGUGUGAAGCUCAUCCGGAGCAACAAGAGGCUUGGAGUCAUCCGAGGUCGGAUGCUAGGAGCUGCACGGGCUACUGGGGAUGUGCUCAUCUUCAUGGAUUCACACUGCGAGUGUCAGAAGGGCUGGCUGGAACCCCUCCUGGCCAGGCUCUCCAACAACCGAAACAGUGUCGUCUCCCCUGUAAUAGAUGUCAUAGACUGGAAGACCUUUCAGUACUAUCACUCUGUGGGCCUGCAUCGUGGUGUUUUUGAUUGGAAAUUAGAUUUUCAUUGGGAACCGGUGCCAGAGCAUGAAGAGAAGGUACGACAGUCUCCCAUCAGCCCUAUCAGGAGUCCUGCAGUGGCUGGUGCGGUGGUAGCCAUGGAUCGACAUUACUUCCAAAAUACUGGAGCUUAUGAUUCUGACAUGACCAUGUGGGGAGCAGAAAACCUGGAACUAUCUAUUAGGACCUGGCUCUGUGGUGGCUCUGUAGAAAUUAUCCCAUGCUCCCGAGUUGGGCACGUCUAUCGAAAUCACUUCCCACGUGCUUUCUCCUAUGAAGAGGCCAUUGUGAGGAACAAAAUCCGAAUAGCUGAGACCUGGUUGGGCUCGUUUAAAGAGAACUUCUACAAGCGUGACACAGUGGCUUUCUUAAUCAGCAAGGCAGAGAAGCCAGACUGCAGUGAGCGCCUUCAGCUACAGAAGAGACUGGGCUGUAGAAAUUUCCAGUGGUUUAUAUCAAAUGUGUACCCGGAACUCUCCCAGCCUGGAGACACACCAAGAUUCUCUGGCAAGCUUUACAAUACUGGUGUUGGCUUCUGUGCAGAUUACAGGCCUGGAAGAGCUACUGCAGAAGGCUCUAUUGAACUCUCCCCUUGCAGUGACAGUGUCACCCAGCACUUUGAAUAUAACAGCAUGAAGGAAAUCUGGCUUGGUUCUGCUCCGCUGCUUUGCUUUGAUGUCAGACACGGGAAGGUUAUCCCUCAAAACUGUACAAAGGAGACAGACAACAACAACCAGCACUGGGAUGUCCAGGAGAAUGGAAUGAUUGUCCAUGUCCUUUCUGGCAAAUGCAUAGAGGCAGCAAAGAGUGAAGAUGAGAAGGACUUGUUUCUGUGUGCAUGUAACAAGAAUGCAAAUCAGGUGUGGCAAUUUGAACCUUCCCAUGGGCUACGUCAGAGGUGACUGACAGGUCUCUGCAGAGUUCAAGUCUCCAAAGUUUAACAUUACUUCUGCUUGGGAUUUAAGAUGCAUUUCCUGGAAGGACAAGAAAGAUGUUUGUGCUUGCUGUAGCAUGCAGGGAAGUCAGGAAUCUGUCUCUUGUUUAAAAGCCUGGCUCCUGGUUAAUCCAGCUCUAGCUAAAAUCUCUAUUUUUUCUGUGCAGCAGGGAAUAGAUUGUGAGAAUCAAUAAAUUCUCAACUCUGCUAUUGCAGAAGACAGUUAAGUUUGCCCUUUGAAGGAAACAUGGAAAAUUGGCUGCCAGACAGCUUGUCUUCAGUAUAUGCUGUGACUUCUGAGGAUAUAGGAAAAAAAGUGAGAUUUUUGAAACUGUAAGAGGAAGCCAGCCAAACCAGGACAGGAGUGUAGCCUUGUUUUACAGUGCCCUCGACUCAUAUAAAACAAAGUAGGUUUUGUAUGUAUAAAAGUAAUAGAUGUUUCCACAUGAAAUGGCAAAAAAAUUUGUUUUCCAAUUAACCUGAGCCAAAUUUCUACUCUCUGUGAGAUUACACAGAGCAUAAAUUAACACUUAAUUAGGCACUAAAUGCUCUAAUUGACUUGGACUUAUACUAACAGUCCUCAGUAUUUGGCACACCCUUCCUUAAAUCCUUGUCCACAGUCUAAUUUGGAUGGGAGAAUGAGACUGAAUAUUAACAACUAUUUUUGUUGUUGUUUUAAUUAUAUUUAAGGACAACUCCUCAGGAAACUUUUGUGGUAGUAAGGAGGGUCACAACUUCUCUGCUUAUUUGGGAAUAGAAAGAAUCGACAGCAUCCGUUUGCUCUUGUAAAGCCAUGGGAUGAGCUUACUAUUAUUAUUAUUAUCAUUAUUACUACUACUAUUGUUAUUACAGUAACAGAAGUGCAGGCUGAAAACAGCAAGUGAAGGGAAACAGCCAGUUUCAACAGUGGCUGCCUAGGAAGGAAAUACUGGUUUGCUUCCAUUUGCUUGCAGCCUGAGUUAAGUCUUUCAAGCAGUCAGUUUUAGCCAAGAAGAUUGUGUAGAUUCUUGCUGCCAUGGAUCUUCAAGAUGAUCCUGAAAAGACCAAAUUUUCUAAAGAAGCUUCUUCUGUAGAGCCUGCAUUGCUGCUGACCUGCUGUCUUUAAAGGAAUGAAUGAGUUGAGGUAAAGUAAGAAGAAUGGUCUCACACAAGUAUGAACUUGUCAAGCAAACUUCCACUUCAGUAUCUCAUUAGGGUAUUUUUCUUUUUGAAGAUAUAGUCAACGAUGACAUUAUCCAAGAGCCUGCUAAGACAGAAGAACAAAGAUUUGGGAGUCUUCCCACAUCACCACCACAUCUGAUUUAUAGUAUAAAUCAAUUAUAAUCCUAUGUACAUAUUAAAGGAGAAGGACAUCAUUAAUGAAACUCACUUAGGUUUUGAAUUCUUUUCAAGAGACAGAAAAUUGUAGUUUAGUUUUUUUUAAUGUACAGCACAUUGUUUAAACUUCAGAGAAAGAAAGGAGUAACAGAUUAUUCUGCUCAGAGCCUUCUAUUUACCUGCUCUCGGUAAAUCAUAAUAAAUUGGUAUCAAGCAUAUAAAAUUGGCUACAACAGAGGACAUUAAGAGUAUUCUCUGUUGUGUUGUCCAAAACAUCUUCCAGUGUCUAACUCUCUGUCUACUUUGAGUGCUACAGAUUCCACACUGUGUUCAGGCAUGACUCAGUCAUCUUGAUUACCACUUAUGCUUUCUUUGAUCACAUCAGAAUCUAUUACUAUUUCUGCUGUGUCAUUUAAAACUUCCUGUGACAUUCUGGAAAGUGCUUUAAUUUUCAGCUAAGAUGAUGAUAGCAACAUCUUCCAGAACACCAAGAGAUCUCUGACCAUUGCCCAAAUCUAGGGUGAGAAAAGAAAAUUUUUAAAAUUGCAUAAAAGCUGAGUAAAAUGCUGAUUUAAUGAUAUGUGAUUCCUUUAUUUUAAAUUAUGAAUAUGCCAGAUUUUAAAUUAUAUUUUAUUUAUUAUAUUUUGGACACUACACUGGGAAUACAAUUCCUUCAGAAUUUAGGUAAAUGUUAAGAAAAUGUGUAUACAAAUAUGGUAAUUGACCACAAGUGAUAUUCAUCACAAAGAAGAAUGAAAAUAUUUUUGGUUUAGAGAGGAAAUGUUUGGAAUUUCAGAGACAUGAACAUCUUCAUUUAUACCUACUUUUUAACAUAGUGAUAAAAACCUAGAAAACAUGGUUCGCUGUAGAUAUAUGUACAAAAGAAAAAUAUGUUACCUAAUACCUCUUUGAAAAAUAAAAUUAAAAUCUAUGGUGCAGUACCAUUUAGAAAA